AUCCUGCGUGCUGUUAGCCGGCCGCGCGCCUGCUGUCACACGCGCGUUUAUUUUGCCGGCGUGUGUGAAGACGGACCUAGAAACCCCCUCUGGCGCGACGGGCCGGGCGAAUCAGGGACGCGUCGCGACCACGCGCUCCGCAGUCGCGGUCAGUGGCCCGGCGGCGUAAUCGUCUCUCAGCUGCGCGCCACACCGCCUCGCCGGCAGUUCGCCACUGGCCUCUCUGCGGACAGCACUCCUGCCGCGUUACAGGUCGCUGUCGUGACGAAUUGCGUCGAUGUGUCUCAUACCGGAUUAAACCUUCGGGCACCUCCAGAGUGAUUAUGCACUGUGGCAGUGUACGACGUCGUCAGCUUCAGUAACGGUGCGCAUUUGUGAGCAAUUUCUCUGAAUAACUAACACUCGGACUAGUACCAGUAGUUUUACUCUAGGGCGCUGACAGUAAAGUGUGUAUGUCUGUGCGUGUUUGUGUACAACUGUGAGCAGCGACAGCCGCGAUAGAUUACUCUCGCGUGCUGCGCGCCAGUGGAAGAAGAGUUUGUCGGAAGGAAGUUGCGCGCCAAGCGCCGUGCGGAAGUUUCCUCCUCCGCGAUAGACCUUCCAGGUCUGCACUUUUGUUUUCUUCUUCCCCGCCCCCAAACAUCCGGAUUCCCCGUCCGCGGGCGGAGCUAUUUUCGGAAGUGUCGCUCCCGCAGCCCCGCCGUGGCAGGUUAACGACCCGUCUCGGAGAGGUAGCUGCCAGAGGAGAGGACGGAGGUCCGGCGGCGGUCACAGAGGCAGGAAGAGGAGGCGAGAGGAAGCCCCGGCGUCCAGCUGAGCGCGGCGGAUCUGGUUUGUCGGGGUCCGCUCCCUUCCCUUCGCGUCCCUUCCCGCGGGACCCUGCUAGCGGUCUGCCGCGGCGCGCCGUAGUGUGGCGCUGCAGCGGCGUGCUCGCUGCAGUCGAUACACCUGCGGCCUAACGGUCGCGUGCUUGCGUGCCUCCACGCGGUUUCGUGCGCGCCUGCGGGAUGCAGACGGGACCAUGGUGGCGCGCCAAGGCCGCUGAGACAUGGUCCGCCUGACCGCGGGUCCCAGCGACCAUCACAGCCCGUGGUACUGCGGAGACGGGUUGCGGAUACGGUACGUGAUGCCUUCUGCGCACCUGACGCUGCGCGAGGAGGACGUGGUCCGGCUGACGCUGGACUUCCUGCACUCGCGCGACCUGCACAUCAGCCAGCUGUCGCUGGAGCGCGAGACGGGCGUCAUCAACGGCAACUACUCGGACGACGUACUCUUCCUGCGGCAGCUCAUCCUCGACGGCCAGUGGGAUGACGUGCUCGAGUUCAUCCAGCCUCUCGAGGCGCUGCCCACGUUCGACGCGCGCCGGUUCCGCUACGCCGUGCUGCGCCACAAGUACGUCGAGCUGCUGUGCAUCAAGUCGGAGGCGCUGCUGGCGACUUCGCCGACGGCGGCGCCCACCUCCGUGGACAGCGCCGUCGAGGACGUGGUCAAGGUGCUGAACGAGCUGGAGCGCGUCGCGCCCUCGAAGGAGGACUACUCCAACCUCUGCCUGCUGCUGACGCUGCCGCGGCUCUCCGACCAUCUGCAAUACAAAGACUGGAACCCGAGCAACGCGCGCGUGCAGUGCUUCCGCGAGGUGUACCCACUAGUCGAGCAGUUCCUACCGUGCAUCAAGAAGACGGCGGCCGGCAUCGUGGAGCCGACGCCGACCGCGAAGAACGACCGCCUCAUACAUCUCAUCAUCAAGGGGAUACUGUACGAGUCGUGCGUCAAUUACUGCCAGGCGAAGGCGACGGGCAACAAGGAGUCCCAGCAGCAGGAAAUGACCUUCUCGCGCCUGCUGGACGGAUCCGUGGGCUACAGCGACUCCGACCUGAGCCUGCUGUCGUGGCUGCAGAGCAUCCCGGCCGACACGUUCUCGGUGCCGUUCGAGCAGCGCACGCUCAACGUGGACAUCGUGCGCCUGGAGCGGCCGUCGCUGGAGACCUCCUGGACGGAGCACAUGCUGGUGACGCCCAUCAAGCCGAAGCAGUUCCCGCACUCGGCGAUGCCGUUCACGCGGCCCCGCUCGGCCGCCGACAUCAUGUCGCGCUCGCUGCUGCCGGCGCUGGACGGGCUGCCGCACGGCCUCCAGCAGCAACAGCAGCAGAACCACCAGCAGCAGCAGGGCGCGGGCGCGGGGCCGCAUCGCGCGGGCGCCGGGCUCGCAAACCCCGUCGUCAUGGCGCUCUCCACCGGCGACAUCCUCAGCGGCCACCACGCCAUGUCGCGCUCCUCCUUCGCCAGCUUUCACCUCACGGGCUACAAGAACAACAAGCUGAUGAACACCAGCGUGGACCGGCUGUUCGAGAACGACGGCGACGUCUUCCUCAGCACCUCGUACUCGGAGUUCCAGCCGCCGAGCCCGGCGGGGGCCAGCACGGCGAAGCGGCCGGUGCGCGGCCAGUCGCGCAGCCCCGACCGCAAGGCCGGGGGCGGCGCGCUGUCGUCGGCGGCGUCCACGCCGGAGCACCGCGGCCGCGACUCGCCCGCCACCGCCUCCUCGACGGCGACGACGGCGCGCUCGUCUCGCCGCGACUCGCUGUCGGACCGCUGCUCCGUGGGCCCCCCGCAGCCGCAGCCGCCGCCGCAGCUGCCGGCGGUCCACCCGGUCGCCGUCGUCGAGCCGCAGCCGAACGCCAACUUCGAGGGGGACCUCUACCGCGAGUUCCAGCGCCAGAAGCAGCGCAUCAACGACACGCUGCAGGCCAAGGAGCGCGAGCGCGACGAGCUCGUGCGCCAGAUCGCCGCUGCCGACAACCGCCUCUCCGAAGUCAGCGGGGGCAGCGCUUCUGGCGGAGUGGUGACGGGGAAACCCCCUGUGGGUGGCAGGCCUGCGGCGCCAGUAGCCGCUACUGUGGUCGUCAGGGCCAACGCGCCGCCGCCCGCCACCAGCAGGGUCGCCGUCAACGGCUCUCUGCCGCACCACGAGGUCAACAGGGAUCACCCGCCGGCGCCGCUGUCGUAUCACGCGGGGAACUGCGCGGUGGACCUGCCCGACGGACACUACGACACCGUCAAGCAGCCGGCGACGGCGGUGGGCGACGGCGACCUGAACGGCAGCGUGGGCAGCGGCGGCGGCCCGGGCCGGCCGCGCUUCGUCGCCGUCACCACGCUGGAGGACGUGCAGGCCGUGCGCUGCGCAGAGUUCCACCCGCAGGGGCGCCUUUACGCCGUCGGCUCCAACUCCAAGACGCUCCGCAUCUGCUCCUACCCCAAGCUCUCGGACCUCAGGGAAGAUCAUGCUACAUAUCAGCCAACAGUAUUGUUUAAGCGUACAAAGCACCACAAAGGUUCAAUAUAUUGUUUGGCAUGGACUCCAGUUGGUGAUUUAAUGGCUACAGGAAGCAAUGACAAAACUCUGAAGUUAAUGCGAUUCAAUGCAGAUACUUCCAAUUUAGAGGGUCAAGAAAUAGAGCUUACAAUGCAUGAUGGAACUGUCCGGGACUUGUGCUUCCUUGAGGAUACAACAAACAAGUCCAGCCUUCUUAUUAGUGGUGGUGCUGGUGACUGCAAAAUAUAUGUGACCGACUGUGCUACAGGAACAUCAUUCCUGGCACUGAGUGGUCAUUCAGGCCAUGUUUUGACACUGUACAAUUGGGGUGGUGCAAUGUUUGUUAGUGGCUCACAAGAUAAGACUGUAAGAUUCUGGGAUCUGCGGACCCGUGGGUGUGUGAAUAUGGUGACACCGGCUACAGCACCAGGAAACAGAGGCUCACCAGUGACUGCUGUGUGUGUUGAUCCUUCAGGCCGUUUGCUUGUCUCUGGUCAUGAAGAUUCUUCUUGUGUUUUAUAUGAUAUAAGGGGUGGGCGUAAUGUGCAGUGCUUCAAGCCGCACUCUGCUGAAGUUCGGUCAAUACGAUUUUCCCCCAGUGCCUACUAUCUUCUCACUGGUGGAUAUGACAACAAAUUAGUCCUCACAGAUCUACAAGGUGAUCUGACUCUACCUCUGCCAAGUGUUGUCGUGGCACAGCAUCAAGACAAGGUAAUUUCGGGGCGUUGGCAUCCAACUGAAUUCUCAUUCCUCAGUACGAGCGCUGACAAGACUGCAACUCUAUGGGCUUUGCCUCCUGUUUGAAUCUCAUUUUAUCUUUUUUCUUUGUAUGUUAACAGUGGCAAAUAAUCCUUUUAAACUAAUUAAUUUUUGAUGUUUAAUAUCAGAUGUACCUGAGGAGAAAAUUCAAACUGUGUUAGUACCUCUUGUACAACAUGCUUGUUCUAACUUUGUUGGAUACAUAGCUUUUUUCAAUGUGUAUGGUAUUUUUUGGCUACUGUCAGCUGCACUUGUGUAGAUCAUUGUGAAUAUAGAUUCUAUUUUCAUAAAAGUAGAUCUUAAUUCACUCCGUACACAUCUUAAAAUUUUAUUCCUCAGUGGUUAUUGAGUUUGAGUUCAUUGUUUUGAUGUUACUGUUCCAAGUACCAUUUGUAUAAUCAAUGUUAACAAGCAGUGCUGAUGUAGGAAACAAUUCACAAAAUAUUAAUAAAAAUAUAUAUGCUGAAAAUUAAUAUGAAAUAAGAGAGAGAGAUACAGCACAUUUUGCUCUUUAUUUUCAAUAAAGAAUUUGCAAGGCAAGAUUCUUAUUCUUAUACAGAAUCGAACAGAAUUUUAACUCAGUAUAUGAUGUAAUAAUGAUGCUUCUUACUGAAGAAAAUUCAAUAGUUUCUGACAAUGCAGGUCUUGUAAGUUUUUAUUUGUAGGAAUAUGUAUAUAAUGUACAGUGCAUACAAGUAACAUUGUUUCUGAAUUGUGUGUGUGUGUGUGUGUGUGUGUGUGUGUGUGUGUGUGUGUGUGUGUGUGUGUGUUUUCUGUACAAGUGUAAGAGAUUAGAGAGAUUCUUAUGAAUUGUUUAAACAUUAUUUUUGUCACCUUGUGCAUGUUAUGAGUUAAGUGAAGUUUUCAUUAAUAUUGCCUGUAUAGAAAUCUGCGAAGUGUUAAACUGUAUAUCAUAAUCGUGUAGUUAAAUUUGCAGCAUGUAAUGUAAGAUAAAUGUUUUCUGUAACAGAGUAGCUUCAGAAUGCUUUUUAUCAUUAUUUUACAAGUUCAUGGAUACUCAGUAUUUUAGACAAUUUUUUUGUAGUAACCAAUGAUCUUCAUUAGAAUAAAACAAAACUUUUUCAUUGUUAUUGAAAAGUAUUUCAUUUUGGUGGUGAAAUUUAAACUAUUGUAUGUAUGGAUUCCAGGUGCCUUCAUUUGCAGAUACUAUGUGUGACAGCUCCUAAUCAUUUGUCAUUUUCAAUCCACUCAAAAUAGCAAAUGUCUACUGCUGUAUUUUUUUCUAUGUGCAAAUUAAACUGCAGUGUAAUAACA